AUGGCGAAGAAGGGACAGAAGGGACCGGGCAAGCCGUUCAUCGAGUGGUGCGCGGAGAACGGGAAGCGCGGCGAGAGGCUCGCGAACGAGUUCCGCGAGGAGCUGCCGACGGAGCUGACGAAAGGGUCGCACUACAAGGCGAAGUGGAAGUGUUUGAAGUGCAAGCACGUGUGGCGGGCGCAGGUGUUCCACCGCACGACGAGCGACAAACCCCGCGGGUGCCCGAAGUGCGCGAAUCAUAUGCCGCUGAGCAAGAUGAACAACUUCCUCGCGUGGUGCGAGAAGAACGGCGAGCUCGGGAAGAAGCUGUCGCGCGAGUACGUCGAUAAGGACAAGCCGCCGACGGCGGUGAUGAAAGGGUCGCACUACAAGGUGAAGUGGAAGUGCAGCAGCGUCGAGUGCAAGCACGUGUGGCGGGCGGAGAUGUGCCACCGCACGAGGAGCGUCAGACCCAGCGGGUGUCCGGCGUGCCACCCCCCCGGAGAAAACUUACGCAAGAAGCGUAAGCGCGUCGACUGA